UCCGGUGUUUCCCAGUUGUUACAGGUCAGUCCCCACAGGGGGUGGGGCUGGACUGACGUGAUCUCCUUCUCACUGGGUGAUUAGAGCGCCGCUUACUCAGCAGCUGGCGGAUAAGGCGCUUACUGGCUUCCAGUGUCCUGAGCUGUCACUUGUGUCCUCGAAAUGCGGAAACAUGACAGAAAGGAACCAGGGAGGAAUGGGUGCCUGGCAUAACCGGCCCGACUGAAUAGCUACCCACUAGAGGAAUGCGGUCAGGCUGGAGCUGGGACGCGUCAUAAUGUAGAGCACAUAGGUGUGCGCAAUCCGUGCCGGGAUCCCAAAGUGCUAAAGGUUCGAAUGGGAAGAGACCAAAGGCACACAAGUGAUAGGAAUGGCUGGAAAGUGCAAUCAGGACUGGAUGGGGUCCCUUCCUACAUCCCUUAGCUCGCUACCUCUGGCCAAUCUUGCCAUACCAGGAUCACAUGAUUCAUUUAGCUAUUGGGUUGAUGAAAAAUCUCCUGUUGGACCAGAUCAAGCAGCAACAAUCAAACGCAUAGCAAAGAUUUCUCUGGUAAAGAGAUUAAUGAAGAAGUGGUCUGUUACCCAAAAUUUAACAUUUAAAGAGCAACUUGAAUCAGGAAUACGUUAUUUCGAUCUACGUGUUUCUUCAAAACCCGAGGAGGCUGGAAAAGAGAUUUACUUUAUUCAUGGUUUGUAUGGAAUAAAAGUAUGGGAUGGUUUAGAAGAGAUCAACAAGUUCUUGACGCAACACAACAAAGAGAUUGUCUUGUUGGACUUUAACCACUUUUAUGCAAUGGACCAUGAACAUCACCUGUACCUGGUCAACAUGAUGCAGGAAGUGUUUGGCAGCAAACUUUGCACAGCUGAUUGUGUUGAAAAUAUAACACUUCAGUACUUAUGGGGGAAAAAAUAUCAAGUUCUGAUUUUCUACCAUUACAACUUAUGGAAUGAAUAUUUAUAUCUUUGGUCGGGUAACAAGAUGCCAGCACCCUGGGCCAACACCACAAAUGUUCAGAAGCUUAUUCAGUUUCUCGAAACGACUCUCACAGAGCGCUCAAAGCGUGGAACUUUUCAUGUAUCACAAGCCAUUCUGACACCAAGAGUAAAGACUAUUGUUCGUGGACUGAAAUCUGGAUUAAAAAAUACACUUGUUCAUAGAAACCUGCCUGUAAUUUUGAAUUGGGUGAAAAUGCAAAAACCUGGUGUGAUGGGAGUUAACAUCAUUACCUCAGACUUUGUGGAACUGGUCGACUUUGCAGAAACAGUCAUCAGAUUAAAUUACCUCCUUUUAAAAACCAACAAAGAAAGCAGUUCAUGACGAACUUUCCUCCAAGUAGGAAUCACUGCAUAUCUUAUAUACCAAUGUUUGGAAGACACAAAGACUAUAUGUUUUUCUAUUAUGGGAUUCUUCUUAGCUCCCUUCCAUCACAGAGUUCCUGCCCUAAUGCUUACUAAGGUAAUUGCACCUUAAUGCUUUCCAGAAGCACCCUAGUGUCCUGACUACUUAAUCUGCUAUCAUCUGACUAUGUCUUGCCUCAUGUUUUUUUUUUUUUUUUUUACAGGGUAAAGAAAAAAUAUUGAUAUUUUUUAUAUUGAUAUUAUUUAUUAUAAUGUAAUAAAACUUUGUUAAUAGAAAUUGUUUUUAUUUAUAUUGCAAAAACACCCUACUGUAAAUCCUAAGGCUAUUUGAGUAACACAAGGAUGUCAAAACUAAUAUUCACAAAAAUAAAUAAAACAUUUAUAAUUUACAUAAGUUUCCCUUGGAAUUCCACAAACCCAUUUUAGGUUAUUUAGUAUGUCUUCUCCAGUGUAUGAUUUUGGGGGCAUAUUUACCAUGCUUACCACUAUGAAUAGAAUAAUCAGAAAGGGCCGCAAUGUUACUAUGUCUAAUUUUAGCUCUACUCUGACAUCAGCGCCCAAACCCGACUAAAGAGCCUGUCCUUAGUUUUAAUGGAAACUGCCUGCACCAGCUGUGUUAGAAUACUUGCACAAAAGAGCACACAGGGCUUUGUUUGUUAUACCAAGAUAGAAGACAAGCACAAUGCUCAAUUCAACAUCUCUCACUUUGCUUAUUUCUGAUGUUGCCCAUUCCCACGCAUUGUGUUUGAGACAGCCCUUCUUCUUUCAGAUAGUAAGUUCUGUUCAGCAGGGCCCUCUUUACCUAAUGUAUUAAUAACUAUUUUUAUGUAAUUUAUGAUGAUGUGUGGUGCGAUAAAAAUGGGACUUCUGCUCCAAUUAAAAAACAUAUAUAAAUGACUGCCCAGCUAUCUCUCCAUGCAUGGCCACUUUGGGCACAGCAUUAAAAGACUGUCCUGUAAUUCCACUGGAUCUCUGUCUGAGCCAGUACCACUUCUUGGUAUAUAGAAAAGGCAUAGAUAGGUGUAGGCAAAGGAGGGGUCUCUCAUCACUCCCUUGCUUGUUUUUUUUUUUUUUUUAAGGACCAACACUUUAGUAAUUUAGCCAUUUGUGCAGAUCGCCAAAUGGAAGAAUAUCUGCUUGCAAAGCAAUCAGGUACAUAACAGUAGAGUUCCAGUAUAGUAUGGUCUUUUUAAAUAAAAUGUGUUAAUUAAAAACAAGGAAAAUUGUAUCUUUGUAUCUGUUGCUAUUUUCUAGACAUAGAAAUUAGUAAAAUACACCAAAUUAAAUUGUUGUGCAAAGUACCCCUAUAUUUGCAUUAACAGCAUCUUUUAGCACUAGAGUUAUCUUCUGUGAAGCUAGCUAGCUAUAAGCUAGUUAUUAUUGAACCAUCCCUGAUUUUGCCCAUAAGGUAACUGGAUAGCACUUUCCAUGUAUAAUGAACAGAUCUUUUGCACUGUGCAAUAUUUUCAUGAAUCCUUCAAAUAAGCUAUAACUGCUUUAUAUAUUUUGUUGUAAUUAUUGUAAAUGUAAGAGAUAAUAAACAUUAUCAAGAAA